CGCUAAUCUAUCAACAGAGGCUUUACCACCACCACAGCAGCUCAGUCAGUGUGAACGUUGUUUUGAAAAAAAUCCAAGUGUCAAACUUAGGGUAACAUGAGCAGCAUAAAUAGACCACACAGGAAGAAGCCCCUCCUCAGUUACACUUCAGUUCAGCUUGGUGUUCAGAUAGUCAACAUGGAGGUCGGCGCGCUCUGCAUCAAACUCUUGGUCCACGUGUUAUUCCUGCUGUGUGCACAUGUCCAGGACGUUGAUUCACUGAUUCUCCAUCUUGAACCAAACAGACUGCAGUUCUUUGAAUACGAGUCUCUGAUCUUCCAUUGUGAGGGCUCUCAUGACUCGACUGGAUUAAAAAUUGUACAUCAGUCCAAAGGGGAAUUAGUCAAAUGUCAAACUACAGUGACAUCAAAAAGGUCAUCCUGCACUAUUCCUAAUAUUUUUCCAAAGGACAGUGGGCAAUACUGGUGUGAGUCCAGAGAUGGGAAGAGAAGCGACAUCAUCCACAUCAAUGUUACUGAUGGUCCUGUGAUCCUGGAGAGUCCCAUCAGUGUGGUGGAGAGAGAGGCUGUGACUCUGCGCUGCAGACGCAAGACGACCUCAUCCAAUCUCUCAGCUGAUUUCUACAAAGAUGGCCGCCUUAUCAGAAGAAGCUCUACAGGAAACCUGAGCAUCCCCAGUGUUUCCAAAUGUGAUGAAGGAUUCUACAAGUGUAUCUCUGGAGAAAGAGAAUCAGCCGAGAGUCUGAUGGCUGUCCAAGCUGGUGAUGUGAUCCUGGAGAGUCCCAUCAGUGUGGUGGAGGGAGAGGCUGUUACUCUGCGCUGCAGACACAAGACGACCUCUACCAAUCUCUCAGCUGAUUUCUACAAAGAUGGCCACCUUAUCAGAAGAAGCUCUACAGGAAACAUGAGCAUCCCCAGUGUUUCCAAACGUGAUGAAGGAUUCUACAAGUGUAUCUCUGGAGGAAGAGAAUCAGCCGAGAGUCUGAUGGCUGUCCAAGAAAUCCAGGGAGAGAAUGUCUCAUCCUGUUCUACCCCUUGGAUAGUUAUGACUGUUUUAUCGAUUCUGUUGUUGCUGGUUGGACUUCUUCAUUUCGGCAAAUACAUUCGGAACAAAGUGUUGCUGUACUUGUCCACACUGGCACCUCAAUCAGGCACAGCUGAGGUUCAAACAGUCACUGUUGAGGCACGUCGAGUGGCAGCAGAUGCACUAAGUGACCAAGCGAUGUAUGCUGCGAUUACCAAAGACAGAAAAAAGAGAGUCACUGUUGAGGCCCGUCGAGUGGCAGGAGAUGCACCAAGCGACCAAGCAAUGUAUGCUGCGAUUACAAAAGACAGGACAAAGAGAGAGCAAGGAGUAUCCAGAACCAUGACGGCGACAGUUCACUCAGCUGGUACCAACCGACCUUUGACACAGGAACCCCUCUAUUCUUUGAUCCAGUAGGUCGCAGCGUGACUGCUGAAUGAAGGACGAGCAGCACAUGAGAUGUUUGGUUGAACCUGAUGUGUGAAAAAACACUUUUUAUUUUAUUUUACAUUGUAGAAAUUGUUUUCAUGGUUUGCGCCCUACAUUUGUUGAUGUUUAAAGAUAUAUUAAAGAGAUGCGGUUUGUAUUUUCAGAUGUAUUAUCUGUUAUUAUUUAGUGACAGUUAAACCCACAUGUUCCAUCUGCUGUGUGUAUUUACGUGUGAGUGUGAAACUGUGGUCAACCACCACCUUGAUGCUGCAGCUUCACUUUCAACUGAAGCACGCUGACCGAGUCCAAAUAAAAAAAUGAGUCUGACA